GAUGACGGUUGACAAAAGUAUCGGGACCCUUAUAUAUAUCCCCUUCCCAGCUGAAACGCUCCAAUUUCAUUUUUAUCAUGGAGUAAAUAGCUCCGAGGACCGGCAGAGAUGCGGGUUAUAACAGAUGUCGGAGCUAUGUUCAAUGCGUUCUCGGUAUUCGUUCGACUUGGGGAUACCCCUCUGCUGUCAAGGCCUCUGUUGAAUGAUUGAUGCUCAACAUCACUUGAUCCUAUCUAUGAUAUGAAGGCCGGCAGUUCGAUUUUGCCAGCUGUACCGUAGUAUAUACUUCCGCCUUACCCGUAGAUGCCGCUAUUUACUCAAAACCCAUGAUACGGUCGGGUUCGGUUUGCCGAUGUGCCAGUCGAAGGGGUAUAUAACUCGAAACAAGGAUGAAUCACCCACUCCGGCCAGCAUGCCUCUUGUUUCUUAUCUCGCACUAGGCUACACCCUAUAUCUCGUCCUACGCUUUGUCUAUUCCUUCUUCAAAAGGUCACCAUUUCAACAUAUCAAUGGGCCACCGACUGAGUCUUGGUUCAUGGGUAACCUAGGCCAACUCUUCAAUGCGAAAGGACUCCCAUUCCAUCAGCAAAUUGUCGAUGAAUACGGAGGCAUGGUAAAAGUCCAUGCUUUUUUCGGUGACGAACAAUUAUACAUUUCGGAUCCAAAGGCGCUCCAAAGUAUCCUUAUUAAAGACCAAGACGCCUUCGAAGAAACUGAUGUGUUCAUCGAAACGAAUAAGGUCAUCUUCGGACCUGGCCUCGUUGCUACUACCGGGGACCAACACAAACGACAAAGAAAGCUGGUCAAUCCUGUAUUUUCUGUGGCACAACUGAAGGACUUGAUGCCGGUAUUCUACAGAAUAUCCGAUAGGCUUGCGGACGUCAUAGAGUCCGAGCAUGCAGAGAAUCCCGUCCUGGACAUGUCUCAGUGGAUGUCGCGCGUCGCGCUUGAAAUGAUCGGACAAACUGUUUUAGGCUACAGCUUCGAUCCCCUCAGCUCUAGAGUGAAUAAUCCGUAUACGUCGGCUAUCAAGGAACUCAUACCAACGAUCUUUUCCCUGUCGUUGAUUCGGCAGUUUGCGCCAUUCCUCUCAAAGUUAGGAAGUCCGAGUUUCAGAAGGCGGCUGGUAGAGUGGACACCGAACAAGGCAGUGCAGAAGGUUAAGAGCAUUAGUGAUGUAAUGCAUAACACAGCUCGGGAAAUUUUGAUGGUAAAAAGAGAAGAAAUCGGACAAGAGGGAGUCAAGAACAACAGAGAUAUUAUUAGUGUUUUAUUGAAGGCCAAUGAGAAUGCUACUGAAGAUGCCAAGAUGAACGAGAAUGAGCUCACGGGUCAAAUGACAGUCCUCAUUUUCGGAGCACAAGAUACGACGUCAAGUGCUCUUUCACGAAUUCUAUAUCUCCUUUCCGUCAGGCCAGAUAUCCAGGACAAGGUCCGCGACGAACUACAAACUGCCCUGCAAUCGAAAGGCAGUGGCGAAAGGCUCGAAUAUGAUGAGAUAAGUGAGCUCCCUUGGCUGGAUGCUGUCAUCAAAGAGACGCUCCGAUUAUACCCCCCUGUACCUUUCGUUCGUCGCACUGCUAUCAAAGAACGAUCACUGAUGUAUUCUCCGAACGUACAUGAUCUAGACUCUUUUGCUUCUGUGACUGUUCCCGUAGGGACAACGUUAUUUGUGGGGAUCGCUGGUGCGAACAGGCUCGAAAGUAUAUGGGGACCGGAUGCUAAGUUGUGGAAGCCGGAAAGGUGGAUCGACCAGCAAGCACCCGGUGGGCGCAUAUUACCUGGAAUUUAUGCUGGCAUGCUGUCGUUUCUUGGAGGCAGCCGAUCAUGCAUUGGUUAUAGAUUCGCUCAGAUAGAAAUGAAGGUUCUGUUGGCGACCCUUCUUCUCAGGUUUCGGUUUUCUUUGACCGACGAUGUUAUUGUGUGGAAUCUUUCACAGAUUAUUUCUCCAUCGGUAGCGACGAAAGGAGACAAAGGGGAGGACGUGGAACGGAAAGGAAUGCCACUAAAAGUUGAAGUGCUCUAAGAAAAUGAAGGGAGGCGUGACUAUUGGUAUAAUAUUACUUUCUACUCGUCUUCGUUGAGGAUGGCCAAAGGAGAUUAGGAGGGCGUCUUCUGGGGUGAACCACCGGAUACCCUCGUUUCCGUGCAUCUCGACAUAAUUACUCAAUGUACGUCCAAAUAUUACUAUCGUUCACCAGUGCAAACUAUUCGAAGG